AUGUCAUUCGCACGUCUCCCCGCUCUAAACCCAGUUGAGAUCUCAGUCCCCUACACCCAACGACCCUCAACCCCUCGCCGACCAUCCUUCCUAGGCGACCUACCAACCAGAGACGAAUACCCAUCUUUCUUCCGACCCCCCAGAUCAGAAACCACCUCCAUCCGCUCAACAUGGAGUGUCGUCUCUCCAUCGUCACCAUCUCAGUCUGAAAGUGAAUCCCGUGGGUCCAGCAUGGAAUCUGUGGAAUUGGAGGCUCUCGAUCUGGAGUCUAAAUCGAGUGAAGGUGUGGAUUAUUCUUAUCGUGAGGCGGAUCAGUAUUAUGGUCGGCCGCCGACUUCUGUCCCGGUUGUUCAGAGUAUGGUGCAGAGUCAGGGUGAAUCGUCGAAUCGGGGGAAGGAGAAGAAGAAGGGACCUUGGAGGUGGAAAAGGAAGCAAAAGGAGAAGGGGUUUGGGGUUAUUAGGCCGAAGCGGACGGUUACUUAG